GUUUGUUAGUUGCUAUGGCAACCGUGUUCGGUGACUGGAUACCUCAGUUAGGUAAAGCUAGGUAGGUUAAUGUGGUUAGAAGUAGUUAACGAGCGAUGAUAAAAGUUUCGACUUCGAAUAAAGUUGAUAAAGGAGUGCCCCUCAGUAACGCUCAAAUGGACUGUUUUGUGGAUAACCUAAUGGAAGAUGAAGCUGAGAGAGAGAAUCUUCUUGCCAAACCCACCUGCUUCAUCAUAAUUGGAAGACCGGGUGUUGGCAAAUCUACCUUGGCCAAAAAAAUUGCAGAGUCUUGGAAGUGCGUCUUGAUUGAUGAUACAGAUCUGCUCAACACACACAUAAAAAAUAAAACAAAGCAAGGCGUAGAGCUCUUGAAAAUCUUAUCUGAGGGGAAAAGUAUACCAGAAGAUGAAGUGCUGCAGCUGAUUCUCGACAGGUUUAACUCACCAGAUGUGGAGCACUAUGGGUAUGUGCUGAGCUGCCUGCCAUUUAUGUCUGAGGAGUGUCUGAAGAUUCGUGAGCAGAUUGAAAUGAUCAAAAACCUCAAAUUAACACCUGAUUUCAUCAUUAACAUCAAGUGUGCAGACAAGGACCUGACCCAGAGGCUGUCAGGUCUGAAGCAGUAUCCAGAGACGGGGCAACUAUACAACAGGGAUCAGUGGAAGCGUGAAGAUGUGUACAUCAACAAGAAGGAGAACAAAGAUGAAGAAGCGGAGGAGGAAGAGGAGCAGGUGAUAUUAUUGACCAAGAUGGUGUGGACACCAGAGAAUCUGGCCAGAAAUGCUUUCAUUAGAAUCAACAUGUACAAGGAGACCAUGCUCAGACCAUUGGAGGACUACAUGACGGACCACAACCCCCUCUAUCUGUUGGAACUGGAUGGAAACAACACUCCUGAAGAGCUGCACUCGUCUGUAAUGUCCCGUCUUGGAUCCAUGGCAAUAAAACGUGUCUCCAUUCCCAUCCUCCUCCACCAGACUGAUGAUGAAGAAUUGCCAGAGGAUAUUGACACGGAGGAGCUACUGAGAAUGAAGUCCUCUUCCAGGGUAGUGGCCCCUCGCUUUAGGUGGAGAAGGAGCCGGUGGGGCCAAACAUGUCCUGUUGCUCUGAGGGAGGGCCAGGUCAUUCCUGGCAAGCCAGAAUUAUCUGUGGGUUUCCAGGACAAACUGUACAUCCUCUCAUCUCAGGAGGCCUACCAGAAGUUUGUCACAAACCCCAGAAGGUACUUACUGCCUCCAAUGCCCAGGCCCCCUUGCAGGGUUUCCAUCAUUGGGCCCCCUCAGGCAGGAAAGAGCACCCUAUGUAAGCUUCUAGCCCAGCAUUACAGCACAUUGGUGCUUGAUAUGGAGGAACUGGUGCAGCCACUUCUGGCCAAGGUUGAACAGGAGAGGCUUGACAAAAUCAAACAGGAGACUACAGAGGUCGCUAUAGAGAAAAUCAAGAUGAAAAUGGAACAGGAUGGUGGACAGAAUUCAGAUGACACCAAUUCUGUGGAAGUGACAGAGGAUCAUCCAGAGGUGAAAGCCAUGGUGCUUAGUGCUCUGGAGGAAGCCAAACAACUGAGCACAUCUCUCCUUCUUCUGUAUGCUGAGGCCCUGGAGAACCGUAUAAAAGAGAUAGCAGAUGCAGAGGUCAGGACUGGCUGGGUGCUUGACAACUUUCCCAAGAACUUUUCCCAAAUGGACGCCUUACAGCAGGGUGAAAUCCUGCCAGACAUCAUUUUUUGUCUCAAAGACAGCGGUGGAAAUCAAGUUUUGAAGAGAUUGUACGAGAUGAACAAGGAGAGAGUGGACCAAGCAGUAAGGAAGAGGUUGCAGGACGCACAGUCUGAGAAGGAGAAACAGGCCUUAAACCAAAAUGAGCAAGACUCAGAGGUUCAUUCAAAUCUAGAGACAGUAGUUGAGGAAACUGAUGAUAAUCAUGAGCCAUCUGGCACCACCAGCCCUGUACAUCCUGACAUGAUCAAAAAGGAAGCUGUGACACUGCCUGAUCACUGGGAGUUUGGUUAUCCAGACGGCCCAGAGAUGAAUGACUAUAAACUUCAACUGCAACAGUUUAUGUCCGAAUGGGAACAAAUGCAGUCUGCUCUCAGUGUUGCCCACUCAGUACUGGAGAUUGAUGGCAAAAGCCCUGAGGACUUGCUCCAAGAGAUGGUCCUUCAGAUGGAGAAGCCCUUCAAGUAUGUGCCCUGGGAGCUGUCAACAGUGGACCUGGACGAGGAGGCAGAGGAUAUUGAGGCCUUAGCAGAACUGGAGAGAGCCGAGGAAGCCAGCAGUGACAAUGAAGCAGCAGAGGAGGAGGAGAAUGAAGGUGGCACAACUGCCAAGAGAUUAUUAGGUGAUACUCAUCAUUUCUGUCCUGUGGCCUUAAAAAACCAUAACGUCCUCUGGCCUUGUACGGAUGAAACUGCAGCAAAGUACCGUGAGAGGACCUUCUACUUCUCCAGCCCAGAAGCAAGAGACAUUUUCCUUCAAGACCCUAUGCAAUUUGUUGCAAAGACUGAGCCUCUCAAGCCUCCUGCCCUGCGAGUCCUUUUGCUUGGCCCCCGUGGGUCGGGCAAGACCACUCACGGAGAGUGGCUCGCCCAGCAGUUUGGCCUCUUCCAUAUUCAGUUCAGGGAGCAGCUCCAGAUGCUCGUCAUGGCCAAGACGAAGCAGCGGGUGCCUUAUGCUGAUGAGGUGGAGUCUUCAGAGGAGUCUCCUGAAGACUUGGAGGCCCUGAUAAAGGAAGCCAGGGGUGGGGAUGAAGAGGAGGAGAUGGAGGAUACCUCUGCCGAUGACAAUGACACAGAGCAGGAAGUGGUACUAACUGAUGAGGAAAUGGCAAUCAAAGCCUAUUUAUCUGAUGGAGAUCCAUUGCCUCCACACAUCCUGGACAUGGUUAUUGCACCAUACUGGAAACAAGAGCCAUACAAGUCCACAGGUUUUAUUUUGGAGGGCUUCCCGCAUCAUCCCGAUGAGGUGCAGUACAUGUUGCAGCAACAUCUCUUCCCUGACACUGUGGUUAUCAUGGCGCUGGAUGUCACGGAAGUUCAGAAACGGCUGUUGCCGAGAUACCUGGAGAAGUGGCGCGAGCGUCGCAACCACCGUGAUGCACAGCUUAACAUCCUUCGUGAUCUGCGUAAGAAAAACCGGGAGGAAAACAUUAUCAAGAGAAGGGCUGAACUCAUGGCAGAAAAAGGUGCCACAACAGCAAAAACAAAGUUUAGGUAUGAGGAUGAAGAAGGUGAUGAAGCGGAAGAAGAGGAAGCUGCAGGGGACAUAGAGGAUGAGAUAGAGACCAUGCUGGAGGAGGAGUUUCCUUUAGAAGAGAAUAACGAAGACAUGGAGAAUGAGGAGAGUGAGGAUGCAGCUACUGAGAGGCUGGAGACGGAGAUAGAGGAGCGUUUUGUGACAGAUGAAAACAACCUUGUCACUCUAACGGAGCUGCUGAGUGAGCAAAACAUACCCAGCAUUUCAAUCAGUGCAGCUCGCAGGCUCCGAAUCGUGCGGCAUCAGCUGCUUCAGAAAAUACAACCUCUGCUGACUAACAGGGAGUCACUCUUCCAACAAUGUCAGCCCAUCUCAUACAGCCUGGCACAGAAGCUGCUGCUCUCCUCUUACAAGUUACACAGUGCCUUUGGUUGCUGGGAUCCCAUCAAGCAAUACAAAGAGAGAGACUUAAUCCAGCCUCUGCAGUGGCCUCUCAAUACCACAUAUCCUCUGAUCUUCCAUCAAUACAUCUACUUCUUUGCAUCCAAAGAGAAUCGCAACACUUUUAUGCUCAACCCCUUGAAGUACCUUAGGCAGCCCAAGCCCAUCCCAGCUCUCCCAGUUAAAAUGGCUGUCCUUGGACCACCCAAAUCUGGAAAAACCACUGUGGCAGAGAUGUUUGCUCAAAAAUAUGGCUUGGUGCGGCUGUCCAUUGGUGGUGUUAUGCGCAUGGUGCUUAACACUCAGGGGCAUACUGAUCUGGCUGUCCAGAUGACAAAGUAUCUCUCCCAGGGCCUGGUGGUGCCUGAUGAAUUGGCAAUUCAGUGUCUGGAGGUGGCGCUCAUGAGCUCAGUCUGCAGCACUCGAGGGUACGUGUUGGAUGGUUUUCCGAUGACACUUAAACAGACAGAGCUCAUGGGUUCUCGGAGCAUCAUCCCCAUGAUAGUAGCUGAGCUUCAACUGGACACAGUAGAGGUGCUCAAGAGAGGUCUUGUGGACAAGAUAAAACCCAACAAACCUCACCCGAUGCACGACAGCUCUGAGAUCCUCCACAUCCGUAACUCCUGUUACAAGCAGGAGGUGGAGCAGGUGAGGAAAUACUUCCAGCAGCAAUAUCAGAACUGGAUUCUGCUUGAUGGACUUAAGAGCAAAUGGUGGAUCUGGAACAGCAUUAUUAAGGAAGUCAGUAUCAGCAUGACAUAUAUCCACAGCUACCUGGAGAGGACACGCAACGGUCAGGCUGCCUGCAUCAACAGGCUGUGCAUCACACCCAAGGAGCUGCACUAUCGGCUUGGAGAGUUUGGCCAGUACUGCCCUGUCUGCCUGGCUCUACAUCAUCACCUGGUGGACGGCUCAGAAACUGCAGUUUUGACUCAUGCAGCUGAGUACAAGGGACAAUAUUACAAGAUGUGUGGUGAAGAGCAUUUAGAGAAGUUCCUGUCCAGUCCAGAUCAGUUUGUGACCCCUGGCUGCCCACAUACUCUCCCACAAUCCCACCUCCUCCCAAGAAAACUAACUGAAAUUCAGGUGAAGAACAGGUUCCCACAGCAGGUUGAGAUGAAGGGCUUUUGUCCUGUGACUUACCUGGAUGGAAAGCAGAGGUAUGAAGCCCUGGUUCGAGGAAAGAUGGAAUAUGCUGUGGAAUACAGAGAACUGAUCUACAUUUUUGAGACAAAGGAGAAACAAGACAAGUUUUUGAGGACUCCUGAAACCUAUUGGGACCAAAAGCUGCCCAGUAAAGUUCCUCCUCUCUGUGAACCUGUACCCCUCACAGCGCUUCCAACGCUGGGUUACCUGGAACAGGGUGUGGCAGUAGCAGUCAUCAAGGCCAUGACAGCUGUUGGCUGUCUCAAACCAAAGUAUCCUUUCCUCAGUAUACAAAGAUCAGCACUCCUCUAUGUGGCCUUUUAUCUGAAAGCUUUCAACAACAAGAGCACAGACUACACUCGCCAGAAGUACAAAAAGAAGCUGGCCUUGUUUGAAGAAAACUGUGCACUCAUCCCCUACCUGAGCUCAACAAUGAGAGGGAACUACAGGCCUCCCAGUGAAUGUCCCAUUGACUUUGAGUUCAAACUGAACAGAUUCCUGGCUUUGGAGGACUUGCCGAGAGCCAACUGUGUGCUGUAGCUGAGCCUGUUUUACACCUUCAACUCACUGUAUGGUGUGAUGACCCGUGUGACAUAAAUAUAUUUUAAAAGUAA